AUCCACAAGGAGACACAUGUGUGGAUAAUGAUUUGGUAGAAAAUGAUAUUUAAAUACUAGGAGACGAGCACGUGCGCUACUGACGGUUCGUAAUGCGGACUACGUGACGUGGCGGAGCGACAUCGACGGCGCUGUUCGCGUUUUCCUUUUUGAGAAAGUGCUCAUAGUUUUGGAAAUAGAGGAGGAGGGAGAAGCAGCUGAGCCGGGGUAGAAGGGUUUCGGGGUCAGCAUCACUUUCGAAAGUUUGUCUCGGUUAUUUCCUGGAGUCUUCGGAUUAUCAACUGGCCUGGUUUGUUUACAUUCCGUGGCCCAGCAGGCGUCUAUGCGUUUGAGUAGUCAUUCACGACACCACGCGCUCCAGCUCUUCGGGCUGGUGUUUUGAGACUCGGCGCAGUAAAUAGGAUGUUACCGAGCCAGGUUGGUUCUGGAAACGGGUCUGCCUCAAACAGGGGAACCACAGGACACUGUGUCGGGGUUGCAGGGGUCCGUCCCGUAUUGGUCAGAGCCGGGCAAGGCUUACCGGGAGUCGGCGACAUUGCUGCCGGGCGACAGGUCGACAGAGACGUUAUCGGGAUGCUUGGGGCUAACGGUCCGGGGGGUCCGAAAGGUGCGCGACCGGGCAACGGCUCAGGGUUGAACCCUCUACAGAGCGCCGUGCAGGGGAACAUGGUGGUGGGCUUGAACGCGGGAGUCGUGUUGCCCCAAGGAGCCCGGUUCGACCCGGACAGAGAGGGCGCCCCGCUGUGCAGCGGCUCGGAGAACGACUCGGACUCCGCGGACGAUGACGACCCAGUGGGUUCACUCGGGGACAGCAGGAGAGGAGUGAAGCGGGAGAGAGGGGAGAUGGAGGCUGCAGUUACGGGCCAGGAGGUGGGAGUAACUCCUGGAGGUUACGGCAUGGUUCCCGGAGGAGUCGCGGGGGCAAAACCCGGGAAGAAGACACGUGGGCGCGUCAAGAUAAAGAUGGAAUUUAUUGACAACAAGUUGAGACGGUACACGACCUUUAGUAAGAGGAAGACGGGGAUUAUGAAAAAGGCCUAUGAACUCUCCACGCUAACGGGAACCCAGGUCUUGUUGCUUGUGGCUAGUGAAACGGGCCACGUUUACACGUUUGCCACGCGCAAGCUGCAGCCAAUGAUCACCAGUGAGACCGGCAAAGCCCUAAUACAAACAUGCCUCAACUCUCCGGACUCGCCACCGCGAUCUGACCCCUCCACAGACCAGCGCAUGAGCGCCACGGGCUUCGAGGAGACGGACCUCACCUACCAGGUGUCGGAGUCGGAGAGCAUGGGCGACACAAAGGAUACACUGAAGCCGGCGUUAACGGUAGCCGGCCUACCAGGUACUACCAGCAGCGGCCAGGCCACAGUACCCACCACCUCCACCACCAUGCAGGUCACCAGUGGACCCUCGUUUACCAACUACCUGGCGCCCGUCUCGGCCAGCAGCAACAUCAGUGCCAACGGUACCGUCCUUAAGGCGGCCGGAGCUUCCGCAGGAGUCAUGCAGCUGCCCAGUGGCUUCACCUUCAUGCCCGCAGGCACUCCUCUCCCCCCUGGCACCCCCACCAUUCCUCUGAGCCAGCUGCAGCAGCACUCCCUGGCCCUCCAGGGGCAGCAUGGUCAGGCCCUGGCCACGGCCCAGCAGCCACAGCAGGGACAGCAGGCUGUCUUCCGCUUCCCUGCUGCUGUCUCCCUCACAGGAGCAGGUAUUCCCCAGCAGCUUCAGGCUAUCCAGGUCCACCACAACCCCCAGUCCAGCAACAGUGACAAUGGCCCCGACAUCUCCCACACCUCCACAAACUCCACCGCAACCAUCGUCACCUCGUCAAUCCCAACGUCUGUGGCAGGUCACAUGAUGUACCCCUGCUCCAACACUGUCAUGUACGCUUCUACGCCAACGCUUACUGACGGGGGUCUGGCUGUGCUCAACGCCUUCUCCCAGGGGACCUCGGCCAUGCAGGUGUCCCACACACAGGGUCAAGACGGAGGUGGAGUCCCUCAGGUGUUCCUCACCGCACCUCAAGGCACGGUACAGAUCCCUGUCUCCGCGGUGCAGCUACACCCAGUACGGCAAGAUCUGCAUUAUACAAAUGGUGAUUGGGCAGCAGUCGAGCGGCAGCAGCAGUAACCUGACGGAGCUGCAGGUGGUCAAUCUGGACGCAACACAGAACUCAAAGGGCGACUGACGGACGGCUGGAGCUGUUUAACGCGGCAGACCCAGGGACACACACACACACACACACACACACACACGCACACACAGACAUCUCUAUUUAUUGAUGCCUUCCUACAGAGUUUUAACAUCACACAUCUGAAUGUGACUUUUCAAAUAUAUACAAACCCACGUGCAAAGAAUCAAGGGCAUAUAUGUGGCUGACCCUUAUACAGUACUAUACGUUGUUUUGGUAUAUAAAUAUAUAUAUAUAUAUAUUCGCAGAUGCAUAGGAAAUGUGUCACUACACCCGUCAGAGCCUGUUUCUCUCUUUUUUUUUUUUUUACUUUGUGUGUGUGCGUGCGUGUUGUUGUUUUUUUUAAAGUGUAAUUACAUGUGCACACACACACUUGUCAAGUGCCACAGCUUCACACCAGCCAAAGAGACAUUUGUUUGUCUGAAUGUUCCAGUGUGAGCGAUUCUGUGCACAACUGUGUGUGUGUUUAGUGUGCGAGUGAGUGCAUAUCUGGGGUUUGUAGAUGGGGGGGGGGGGGCAGGGAGACAGACGCUUGUUGACUUCAGAAAAAAAAAAAGGAGAAAAAGAAAAAAAAGACAUUUGUAAAUGUACAUAUUAGUAUUAGUAUUAUUUUUUUGAAUAGAUAACUUGUAUUUUUAGCCAGGUUUAGUUUGUGCAACAGCAUGUAGUCGUUUGUUUUUUUACGUAGUGGUUUUGUAUGUACAUGAAAACAAUUUACAUAAAGAAAAGGGUUAUUUACAUGUAUAUGUAAAUUAAUUUAAUAUACCGUCAUGUGUUGAAAUACUGUCAUGCUGUUGGGACUUUUCACUGCGGGUUGGAAAAGGAGCGCUGGAUGAUUAUUUUCUUUUAUAAUUUUCGAUUGGCAUUCGUAGAAGUCUCUCUAACGGUGUCUAAUUUAUGAUUUGCUAUGAAACGUAUUCUUUACUUAAGCUGGGAAUAUUUCAGUGCACAAGCUGCUGCAUGAUCAUUGGUUAUGACAUCGGGUUUUCCUGCAUGCAGUGUCUGGUGGAGCGCUGACGCGGCACUUUUGACUGUAGAACUUGUUCAAUCUAUGACAAUCUGAUAGAAAUGAUUUUCUAUUUUUCAACUUGAACCAUAAUGCUAAUUAUUGUAAACACACUUGUGACAUUAUAUAUAUAUAUAUAUAAAAAUAAUAAUGAACUGUCACAGUUAUUGUCCUUUAGUGACUUUAUAUUGAACUUGUUUGCCUUUAAAAAUAUGUGACUUGCUUCUCUGGAUAAAGAAAACAAACAAAAACAGAAAGCCAAAAUGUUUUGUAAUAUCAGAUAAAUAAAUCCACUUAUAGGUUGUUGCGGAAAGUAAACCUCAUCAUGUUACUCUUAAUUAAUCUGCACAACGUUUUACAUGAUGGUAUAACAGCAGCCAAAUAUUAGGUGUAAUAACAAAUAGUUUUUGUUAGAAUAGGAACUCCUCAUUUGGGGAAGUGACUUCGGGUGCUUGGAAUUUAACCAGAGCUAUAUACGAACCCAGCCGACUGCAAUCUUAGUCUGUACCUCAGCCAUUAUUAAGAGCGAGAGUUCAUCGACUGAGAGCCUUCUUUCUGCACCAUUGUGCCUCUUUUCCCAUUUCACUGCAACUUAAGAGAAAAGUAGGAAUUCUUUUUCCACACACACCCCCGUCACGACUCUGGACCUGUUAAACAAUCCUCCGCUGUGGCCGCAGAGUGAGAUUUUUCUUCACACGUUUCUGUAGAAUUAGCUGUGAGUGAGCGUGGCAGAGUGGAAACAUCCGUCCGGCUGCUGUUUGGAUACUCACUGGCAUGAGCGGUCGUUCUCAUGCUCGACGUCCUCUCACCUGUACGUGCCGUCGUGUCGUCCCACAGAGCUGCUCCAAUAGCAAUUACAGUGAAAGACAUUCAGUCCUUCCAUUUUAUCUGCCCAUUUGUUGGUGAAUUAUCAGUUUUCAAACAAAAAAGGAGAUUGCUUUGUGGUCGUCACCUUGUCAAGAGAAAGAAAUGGUUAUUUUGUGUAUUUUCUUUUUGUUGUACAGAUAUUUUGUAAUAAAAAAAACCGAGAUGAAACACAAAACUGUCACAGAA